AUGAUUUUGUCUGCCGUGUUGUGUGUCACUUUGGUUAUGUGCAGUUGAUUUAGCCAUUCUAUUUACCAGUUGUCUCAGUGCUUCCAUAAAAAUGAGAGGAUUAUUUCUACUGUUUCUCCUGGCUAUUCCAGCUGUAAUAUUAACUUUCGAAAGUGGAGUACAUUUUGUGGCAGCUGAUGAUGACGAAGGAGAUGACGACUUGGUGGACGUGGAGGGAGAAAGCGAAGGCGAAGAGACGGGAGUGUUGGACGAAGGAGGUGAUGGUGACGAAGCAAAACAAGACGGUAAAAGUGGAGGCUCCCCUGACGCCUUGUCCACAGUGCUCUUCACCAAACCGGUUGUCGUCCCUGGAACCAAUCUAGAACUCCCUGGUGGCCAUCUUGUGGAGUUUUUGGUCGGCUUUCUCAACAAGGGUAGCCAAGACAUGACCCUUGAAACUCUGGACGCAUCUUUCCGUUAUCCGAUGGACUUCAACUUCUACAUCCAGAACUUCUCUACGCUGGCUUACGAGCGCUCAGUGAAGCCUGGACAUGAAGCUACUUUAGCUUACUCCUUCAUUCCUUCUGAGUCGUUUGCUGGACGUCCCUUUGGCCUUAGCAUCAACCUCAAAUACAGGGACGCUAGUGGUAACCAGUUCUACGAGGGUGUGUACAAUGAGACUGUGAACAUUGUGGAGCUGGAGGAGGGGUUGGACGGAGAGACAUUCUUCCUGUACGUGUUCCUCGGUGCGUGCGGCGUGCUGCUGCUAGUCGUAGGUCAACAGUUCCUCGUGUCUGUGGGCAAGAAGAGGGUCGGGGGUUCGACAAAGCGGCCGACCGUUGAGACUGGAACUUCCAACCCCAACGACGUCGACUACGACUGGCUCCCAGAGAACUUCAAGAGUAUGAACAACAAGUCCCCCAAGGUCAACAAGAGUCCCAAGGUCAAACAACAAAGCCCCAGACAACGCAAGGCUAAGAGGGCUGCAGGAUCAGACGACUGAACUCUCUACAAGACUUUCAUCUGUAAAUCAUCAUCUAAGUCAUCAAUCAUCAAACUUGACAGUCAUCGAUUAACUCACCUCAGACUAAAAAAAGUUUUAUACUUUAUUUAUUUUGUUAUAGAUCGUCUUCGAUAUUCGAAGUGCGGUGUUAAAGUGUUCUGUGCUAGGUUAAUUUAAUAUUUGUGUGAUCUUACUCCUUAAAUAAAAACACUAUACUGGUGCAGUAGGUUUAGUUACUACUAAACUAUUACUAUUCAGUUAUGAUUUUGGUUUGGUAAUUUAAACAGCAGUUUUAGAGUUGUAAAUAAGCAUUUAUUAAGUAGAAAUAGAUUUGGUAAUAAAUUACGAGUUUUACUGUAAAAUUAUGUUGUAGAUCAAAUUGGGGUUCAAUGAAAUUUGAUGGGAAACUGUUUUGGCUCCCUUAAAUAUUGUAAAUUUAUUGUGAUAAUCUUAUUGUUGGAAAUGUUGUUUAUUUGUAUACAAAAACGAAUUAAAGUAUCACAAUAAUUGUUGUAAAGGAUUGUCAUGGUUGUGGAAAAAAAGAUUUUUUAUAA